AUGAAUACCGUCAUCAAAUUCAACAAAUUGAAUUCAUUUAUUUCAAUUCUUUUAUUGUUCUCUUUAUUCACAUUGUUCAAUGAAGUAACAGCUAUAGCUAUUGAAACAAGGAAUGCAGAAUUUACAGAGUUUUGUAAUGGAUUUCAAUUCAUUUCUCCUAAAGCUGGUGAUAAAUUUCUAAAGAAUGACAAAAUUGAAGUAGUUUGGACAAAUGGACACUCGAUAAUUGAACAAGUAAAUAACAUUGACUUAUAUAAUAGUACAUCUGGAAAAUUUGUUAAAUCAUUAUGGAGAGGUACUCGACGUUUCGGUGUUGAUGGGAAGGCUUCGGUCAACGUAAAACUUGCAGUCCCUAAGCACACUGAAUUACCUGGUGAAUUUAUUUUGAAAAGUUGGGGCACAACUUUAGAAGGCCCGUCUUGUUUUACAAUUAGUGGAAAUUUUACUAUAGAUCCUAAACUUUGUUAG